AUGGAACCAAAGUCUGGGUCAAAGUCUCAGUCGAUUCCUGAGGCGGAGCUGACAUCUGGGAGGAAGCAGAGGACCCCAGGUGAGGAAGCCAUGGUUUAAAGCAGAGAUCACCAACUGCUGGACCACAGACCUGCACCAGUUCACGGCCUGUUAGGAACUGAGCCACACAGCAGGAGCACAUGCUCCUCUGCAGAGUGAUGGGGCUGCCUUGCCAGCUGGAGCCUGAAACUGUGCCCAGGUAGACAGAACCCUGAGUCCCAGGACAGCCUGGGAAGUGUUGGCUGCCUGCUAAUGGAAGAAUGUCCAGGAUGGAAAACAAGAGGCUGGACCUGCAAAUGACAUUGUAUUUCAGGUGCCAGCAGGACCAUCAAAUGUAUCUGUCUAGCCAGUAGCUGGACACAUGAAGCAACAGCUCAGGAGAUCAGUGCUAAACAGCAGUCUGGGAAGACAUCUGCAAAGAGGGCCUGAUGGCAGUCCUGGGAGUGGGUGAGAUCACGAAGCAGGAAGGAGAGAAAACAAGAGGCCAAAGGGCAAGAGUCUCAAGGAUGCCAACACUUACGGGAAGAGAACAAGCAACUGUUGGAGAGAGAAAAGGAAAAUGGGGAAAGUUCAGGAUCCCUAUGGCCAAGGAGGAGCAUUUCAGCAGGGCCAGAUGCUUCCGAGGUCAAGCCCGAGAAGAGCCUGCAAUCCAGCAGCAAUAGGAGGUCACAGGAAUUCUCAGAGGAUCCACUGACUGUGACGUGCUGAGGGCGGAUCCAGAUUGUGCCGAUGAAGAAAGAAGUGGGUGGUGAGAUCCGGAAGCCGCCAGUAAAACACUCUUUGAAGGGCUUUGGCAGCAAUGGGGGGAAGAAAGGAAGGACUGUGGCUCGAGGGGGAGGAGGGAUGGGAGGAAGACUUGUUUUUAGAAUGGGUGAGCUGAGAACGGAUUUGUAGGUGGAAAAGAAGAAAACAGCCAGAUGGAAAAGGAAGGAGGCAGAGGGCAUUUGGUGGAGCGGAGAAGGCCCCAGAGAAGGAGGGGGAAAUGAACACAGUACAUUUUUCUAAAGCACACUAAUUGAAGCUGCACAUCUAUGGUAAUAAGAAGUCCUUACAUUUGAAAAGCAAUGAAAUGCAGUCUCCAAAGUAUUUUUAUACACUCUAUCUUAUUGAAUCCGGUGGGAGGUAGAGUACAUUUAUAUCUACUAAAAUGUAAGGAGGUUAAAUGAUUUACCCAAGAUCACCUCGCUCAUCAACAGAACUACUUGGGGUCAAGUACCUGUUGUGUCAGCACCAUGUGAGGUGCCUCAGAGCCCAGAAGGGACUGGUAGAGGCUCCUCCCCUCAAGGAGCUCAAAGUCCAGGAGACUGAGCUUCCUUCUACUGGCAAAAAUGCCCCAAAACAUAAUGUGCUCAGAGGAGGGCACUUUUUCAGACCGGGGAAGGGAGAGGAGCGGGAUUCAAAGGAGGCUUUCCAGAGGAGGUGAUGUUUGGGCUGAGCAUGGAAGGAAAAGCCGAAAUGACCUGGCUAAGUGGGCGGCAGCAAGAGGAAGUCCACUCCCAGCAAAAGAGGUCUGUGUGCAAGAGCCUGGGGCCUUUGGGAACUGUGAGCAACUCACUCCGCUGGAACACGGGUGAAGGAUAUCAGCAUGCUAAGCAUGGUGUCCAAAACAGUCAGCCAACACAUUAUUAAUUAUAUCUCAACCUCAUCAGGAAGCAAAAGACUUUUACUACAGGACUUUCAUAACCUUGAGCUGCCUGACAGGAGACAAGACUCUGCUAUACUGGAGCACUACAGAUCUCUAGGUCUACUGUUUAAAAGAUGUACAUUGCUGCUACCCACCAAGGAAAGGCUAAAGUACAUUCACAAGAUACUCACAGAAGUUUCCUGCUUUAAAUUCAAUGGCUGUGCAGCUCCUAUGCAGUGUUUAGGAUUAACAUGUUAUGGCAUGUUUUUACAGACCUUAACAGCAGGUUGGGAUGAACUUGAGUGCCAUCGCGUUUAUAAUUUCUUAUGCGAACUGACUAAUCUCUGCCGCAAGAUGCAAAUGGCUGUCUGCAGCAAACCAGGAAGUGCCCGAAAACUUGAGUUAAGGAUCAGACUCUUCUGUAGGAAUGUCCUCCUUGAUCAUUGGACACAUCGAAGUGAUUCUGCUUUUUGGUUGACACGGAUAUUAAAACCAUGGCCAAUGGUGAAUCAGGCAAGAUUACUGUAUAUCAUCUUUGGGCCAAUAUCUCCUCAAGAUGGACAGGUGGUUUGGCAGAAAAUGAUAGAAGAACCUACAGAUGAAUUCAGUCUGAAAGGUUUGGCUGAUGCCAUUAAGUUACUAUAUGACGCUAGCACUAAAGAGUGGACAGCAGAUGAUGUUAUCAGUCUUGUAGAUGAACUAUCAGUGGUUCCCCGUGAGUGGCUUCUAGAGAAUAAUGCACGUCUCCUAAUGCUAAGUGGAAACAACCUCUGUUUCACUUUCAUGGCUAGUAAAGCUGUGAAUGGACGGACCAUUGAACUGGCAAGGCUCAUAGUCUUUUUAGCUUUGGUGUGUGAGAAAGAACUAUACUGCAUGGAUUGGACAGUUAAAAUGAUGCAAAAAGUCUGCAAAGUCUUUAGCACUCCAGUGGAAAGAAAUAACUUCCUGCAGAAUGUGGCAAAUGCAUUUGCAUGUGUUAUAAUGGAAAUGCUGCAAUCAAUUAUGUCUGGAGACCGUGAUGAAGAUGACAGAAGCUUUCUGAAUUUGUUCCAUCUUGUACAUGCUCAGGCUAACUUCCAUAAAGAGGUCCUGUAUUUGACCAUGAAUACUUCUCUGUCUGCCUAAAUCCUCAGAAAGCCUUGCCUUUAGAGAACCUCACUGAACUAAUGAUUAGAGGAGUGGUACUUUUUCACUCAAAAAAUAGCAUCCAUGGGACUUUUUAUCAUCUAAGUAACCUAAGAAUUCAAAAGCUGGAUAGAAUUUUAGAAGCAACUACUUACAUCGUUAUUAAUAUAAAAAUAACAGGCAAACUCAAGAAUGAACUGAGAUUUCUCUGGAAAACAAGCUCUGCCUCUCCAGGUUUUAGUCAACCUAACACCAAACCAAAAUAGAAUGUUAGCUGUUCAAGAAUCUGGGACCAGCCAACCUGUAUGUGUGGAUUUUUGAAGCAAGAGAAAAUUCCACUUUAUAGUUAGACCCAAAUUCACUAAAUAGUAUGUGUGUUCACUUUGUUUAAGUUGUAUAGACAUAGCCCAGAAUGUUUUGUGAAGAUUUGCAAUAUGGUGUUUUGGAAUGUGCAGAAUACAAAUCACAGUUUUUACUACCUUCUUGGCAUAUGCUUACAAAGAACAUUAUAUUUUGUUCAUGUUUUACAUGAACUAACAGAUAAAAAAGUAUAUGUAUAUGUCUGUGUGUGUGUGUAUAUAUAUAUAUAGAGAGAGAGAGAGACAGACAUAUAUUUCCUUCUUUAAGAUAAUCAUACAAAAGGUCUAUACAUACAGGAAGGUGUAUAUUGUCUCAAUACAAUCAAAUCUUUUACUAGGGAUUCAAAUAAAAUGUAGCAAAUAAGAGAAAAACAAAAUGAAAGAAAAUAGCUAUUCUGCUGCGGGAAUAAUCUUUACAAAUAGUUUUUACUUCUUCCUAAAGCUUUUCUCCCUCUCUUAAAAAGUGAGAUUUGGCUGGGUGCAGUGGC